AUGACUCGAGCUGCCGUACCGCCUAUCUUGUUACAGCUACAAAAUUCGGAUUCGCUUUCGGGUGAACUUGCUGCCCUCCGGACCAUAAAAAAUGAACUGAUCGGUCAUGACCAGCGGAAGGAAGCAUAUGUUGCUGGUGGUAUUAUCCCGGCACUAGCUCAAGUACUGACCCGGUGGACUGGGAAAGACGCCUACGGAGUUUCCAACGAUUCAGCUCUAGGCCAGGAUGGCCCAUCAGAGGAGUAUGAAGCUUGUCUUCAAGCUACCCUGAUCAUCGGUAGCUUGGCUCAUGGUGGUCCUUGCUUCCUCGCUCCGAUCUUCGCCAGCAACGUUCUUUCACAUCUCCUCGACAUUCUCUCUUCUCCAGAUUGUCCUCCUUUCUUCUGCAUUUCUAUCCUGCGCCUUCUCAACACCAUUGCAGACCGGUUGCCUCUCCAAAGCCAAGACCAAUUGCUUCGAGACACCCGUCUGGCUGAUCUAGUGUUUGCCCCAGAGACUAACAUUAGUGCAUUAAGACGAAUUAUUGCCCAAGACUAUGCCUCUCCACAUGGUUUGGCCGCCAUUGAGCUGACUGCGGCUCUGAUUGGGAAAUUAUGCGCAGAGGAAAUCCACAAAAACGCUCUUGCGGAAUAUGGCGUUCUGGAUGCACUGGCUAUAAAAAUUGCCUCGUUUGUGGUUGCUCAGGGCUUCGCCCUUCCUGGCGCAGAGAAACAUGUCGAGGACCUAGGAGCUCUGGGGAAAUUGCCACCGCCGGCUCCAGUAUCUGCACGCCUGGCACCUAUUCUUCGCGCGGUGACCGUAAUCAUCGAACAUUCAAAAUGGCGAGCAGAUCAUUUCCUUUCUUCCCCGGGAAUCGUGACCGUCUUUCCAAAACAGAAACCUGGUUUUGCCCCAGCUGACAUCAAGCGAUGCCCUUGGGGAGCAACCUAUUUUUCAGGCUCUGCGGUGCCUCAUCACCCUGGUGCCAAUCCAGUUGAUAGUCUACUACCUUCGGUUCCAAAAGCACGUCCGAAAUCAUCGGUAAGCUCAAUCAAUUUCCCACCUUUAGAAGGCUCCGGUCAGCAACGUCACCACAGCCAUGCCUAUUCUAUGGCGUAUACGGAGACAUCCAGCCCCGAGGACCAAGAAAACUCGAUUGUUCCAUGGCUUCUGUGCAUUCUUCGUUCAAAGGUCGGCAUGGUCAGAUUAAUGGCGGCACGUCUGGUGACUGUCCUUUCCCGUCUGGGACUGACUCAAAAGAGUCGAGUUCCGACUCUUGGUUACCUUCUGGUCCCAAUUCUCCUUCAAAUGUUGGAUAAAGAUUUUGAGGUACCAAUUGAGCGCGGUGCCAGUGAUGAUGAUGAUGAUGGGCUCAUUACACCAACACAGCGCUUGAAAGAGGAAGCCCCUGCAGUAUUGGCCAACUUAGUCAUGGACGACCCAGAAAUUCAGACAAACGCGGUCGAUGGCAAGGCUCUCAAGCGUCUUUCGCAAAUUCUCAAGGAGACCUACAAUCCAAUAUCGGAGAACUUGAGGUCAACAUGGUAUGCAAAAGGAGAUAGUCCGGCUCGAGACCUGGACUCACUGCCGCUGGAGUGUCGUCUUGGACCUUCGGGAUAUUCUCCUACAUUGUGCCACACUAUGCGGUACCGGGAGGGUAUUCUCAAGGCGCUGGCCGCUUUGGUCCCAUUCAAGGAUGAGUGGCGCAAGGCAGUCUGUGAAAAUGGUGUUGUUCCCUACAUAAUCGAUUCAUUGAAGCCGCGACCCAGGGAUGCACCCGCAAACGCACACUCCAUGCCAAAGAACACAGCCGCUGAUGGCAACCCGAUCGCGACUCUUUUGGCUGCUUGUGGUGCCGCGCGUAUGCUUACAAGAUCCGCCAGUGUUCUCAGGACCAGCCUCAUCGAUUGUGGUGUAGCUGAACCACUUUUCUUGUUAAUUAAACAUCCAGAUCUGGAGGUUCAAAUUGCGGCUUCUAUGGCGGUUGCCAAUUUGGCUAUGGAUCACAGUCCCAUGAAGGAGAAUGCUCACUCAGCCAGCCUGAAACUGCGCUUUGAGUCAUUAUGGGUACUGAAGCAUGUGGUUUACAAUUCAGCGAAUGAUAUCAGAGUGAAAGUCAUUGAUGGCCUAGGUCCAGAGUUUAUCAGAUCGAUCAUCAGCCCAAACCCAGCCCUGCAUUUGACUAGCAGGGGAAUUGAUGGGUUGACUAGAGUGGGAAUGGAGGAAGAGGCCGAUCAAACUUUGGGCAUCGCCAUGGGUCGAGCCAACUCAGCCGGUGAACAAGUUAAUAUUCUCAAUCCAAUGGAUGAUGCGCGAGAGUCAGGCGAGGAUUUCAAGAUGGGUGAAAUCAUUCCAUCAUCGAAGAUGAGCCUGGAUAUGUUUCUUCCGGACGCUAAGCGUCGACGCAAGCUACUCCUCCAUGGUAAUUUAGAACAGACCACUCAGUCUCGGCAGGAUGACGUUGCCAUCCUGGAGCAGAUUUUCGACUUGUUCCGCAACCUCAUGUGUGGUUCGGGUGCCCCCGAAAUGGUUGAUUACAUCUUCAAACAGAUUGGCCAAGAUGAAUUGCUGGAUGCGUUGGCAGAUAAUUUGCAUCCACGAACCACUGUCCAACUGUCUCAUCGCCGAGACUCUCCCAGCCUACCCCUCCGUGUACCGCCCCAGGUCCUCAUAGGAGUUAUCGGGAUAGUCAUUCACAUUUCAGCGAGCAAGCCAAGCCACCAGCAGGCAAUCAUAAGACACGGUCAUCUCCUGGAGUCGCUGACUAAAUACUUCAAUCAUUCGCAUCGCCAAGUGCGGGUUAAUUGUGUCUGGACGGUAAUUAAUCUUCUCCUCGACGACCACGGUGAUCCUGCCGGAUGUCGAGAACGGGCUUCCAGACUGAAAGCCCUUGGUGUAAACGAACGGCUAGCUAGCCUUAAAGAUGAUACGGAUCUCGAUAUUAAGGAGCGCACCAAGACAGCAGAGAAGCAGAUCCCAUACGAAUAUAUCGAAGUCAACCCAUACAACAAACCCGACUCCCUACUAUCAUUGAAUCCACGAGGUCUCAUUCCAACGCUUUCAUGCCCAACAGACACUCAUCCAAAGCCUCUCUAUGAGUCCACUGUCAUCAUAGAGUAUCUCGAGGAAGCAUACCCAUCUCACGGACCGUACCUUCUCCCCAAAGACCCUUAUGAACGAGCACGGGCACGAAUUUGGAUCGACUACGUCACGUCACGCAUCAUUCCAGCCUUCCAUCGCUUCUUACAAUACGAGCCUACCGAUGGAGUGGGGGAUUUGGAGAGUGAUGCGAGACUACUAGACAAGCUCCGACAGGAAUAA